AUGCCUGAUGCUAUUAUUUUUUCUAGGUUUUUAGAUCACAAUAAAAUAGAAAUCAUUGCGGAGGAGACGCUCAAUGGACUCACACGACUGCAGUAUCUGUAAGUUUCUACCAAAUAAUGCGCAGAUAUUGUCAACUUAUUUACUUCACCGUUAUUGAAAUUUUAUGGAUAUAUCAAGCAAUAAGGGUCUUCACAGCGAAUCCCUGAUAACGAGGUUCUUCGUACCCAUGACGCCCUUGUAAUGACACGACGUUCCAUUUUUAUUCCAUCAUCAUUUAUCGCCUAAAGGGGGAAGGGAAGGAGAGUCUGACGAUUUUGGCCGUAAUAAGAUAUACCUGAACCUACCCCUGAGGCUCUGUGAUAUUCUUCUUAUUCCCUUUAUUGGCAGUUAAUCGCUAGUUAUUUCUUCUUUAGUUCCCACUCUAUACUCUGAUUAGGACGACUGACCUCCCCCCUCCCUCCUUCUUAUUAUCCCCCCAACCCCCCCCCCAUCGGUCCCUAAGAAAGACCUAUACAGGGGGGUACGAUUCCUUGGCCUAACCCUUACACUCCUGCGCGAAAUACAUGUAAGUAAUUUCUCCUAACAGUAUAAAUAAACCAAGGAGAUAUCGUUUGAUUUGACAACAAAUUCGCAGAGCUGAAAUCGUAAGAGAUGUUGAGCAGACAGCUAGUGCAGAGAAGUGAUAUCUGGAUCCAAAGGGUGGAGGGAUUAAAUUCCUCUUGUAUAUCUCUGUUAAAUUGGAUGUGAACAUGAAUUCUCCCUACUAUCUGCCAUACAAUCCUUAUAAUGUUGGUUCGGAGAAUUGACUGGCUUUGGGUCAACUUAUAAUCUCUGAGCUUUCUCAUCACUCGUCUGCUUGAUAUUGUAUUGACGGUAUGCGCAGAAAUUUUUGUAGGGAGAAAUUCUAUCUUGGUCAUUCACGGGAGCUAAGGGUUAAGUUCUCUUGUGUCACAGGCAAGGAUAAGGACGAUCAAAUGCAAUUCAUAAAGUUUUUCAUGUUCAUCACCCAGGACUUUGGCCUACAAUAAUCUCAAGAAGUGGCAUGGUACUCUCUUCAAAAUUCUUCCAAAACUUGAGUUCCUUGACGUCACAGGAAACGGGCACUUCAACAUAAUGAAAAACAAGUUGCUACUGACCGACUCCUCCCUUAAGACAAUCGUUGGUGCUACAACAUCAAAAGACUGUAGACGGUGCAAUUUCACCAGAACCGAUGUCCCGCGAAAUUUGCUGACGAAAACCAAAGGCUGUGAAUUCAUACCUCCAUACAACAUGCCAAAAAUAGAUCACUUCCAGAAGAAAUACUUAUAUUUUAACGGAGCUUGCGAGGGUAAAUCUUGCCCGUUAAAUCUUGUGCCUAUGUGGAUAGUACGGAAAACUCAUAAAAAUUUUUGUUAUGACAAGGCGCGGUCGCUUAGGGCGAUUGAAUAUUUUCUAGGCGUGGUUGCAUUGUUGUUCAAUUUGGUUAUCAUAGCAACAAUACUCAGUAGCAUCUCUUUGAUCAAGAAGACUUCAAUGUUUCUUACAGCGCACUUGGCGCUCGGCGAUCUGUUCUUGAGUUUGUUCUCCUUAACGAUAGCCGCUGGUCACGGGAUAAAGUCCGAUGCUGGGAUUCGCCAAUGGAGACAGCACCAAUGUCCUUACUUCCGUUCUUUGAUGAUAAUAGGACAAACGAUCGAAGCGUUAACUUCGGUCUUGAUGACUGUGGAGCGGUAUCUUGCCAUAGUAUACUGCAUGCGACCUAAUUUACGAAUCACUCCCAAAGUAGCUGGCUUCCUAUGCGUUCUCAUUUGGCUUUUUUGCGCGAUGUCUUGCUUCGUUAUUGAGUAUUUUGAUCAUGUCUGGUUUCGAGACAAUUACAUGUGCGUUUUAGUGCAAAAUCUGCAAACAACGAAACGCUUUAUGGCCACCCAGGUACUAAUGUUACUAUUUGUGGCUUUGUAUCUUGCAGUUGUUGGUUUGUACCUUCACAUAUUCAUCUCCGCGCGAAAGUCGGCUCGCGGCGCUGGAAUUCGACGCGAAACAUCUCUUGCUAAACGAAUCUGUGUCAUAGUGUUUUCUAACAUGAUAUUCUAUGCAGUGCCCAAUCUUUGCAUAGUGAUAUUUGCCUUAGCAAAUACCAGACUGGCAUCUGACCGAGCGGUAAAUUUUAUAUUGCGUAUAUGGUUGCCUCCAAUGUGUAUGAUAACGAACGCCUGUCUAAAUCCGUUUCUAUUUGCCUUCAGAAACGAAGAAUUCUUAAGACAUCUUAAACAAAGAGCAACGAACAUCAUUUCAGGACUAUACUUGACAAAACAGCUUCCCUUUUCAAAACGUCUUGGGAAAAGAGGAGUGUAUGUUGUUAAAUGCGAUCAAUCUUCUUCACAAGGAACUCUUAAUGAGUCCUUUGAGCUACACACAGCGUAA